CCAGGGAGAUAAUAUUCACAUCGGGUGCUACUGAGUCCGACAAUCUCGCUAUAAAAGGUGCGGUGAAACAUUAUGCAAACGGUAAAAGAAGACGAGUGGUAACGGUAAAAACAGAACAUAAAGCGGUUUUGGAUAGUGUUUUGGCGCUUGAAAGAGAAGGCUUUGAAGUUACUUUUCUGGAUGUUGAUCAAGAUGGCCGAUUGAGUGUGGAGGAAAUUGAAAAGAAUCUCGGGGAUGAUGUGGUGCUGCUAUCAGUUAUGCACGUUAAUAAUGAAACUGGAGUAGUCCAGGAUAUUAAGAUGAUCGGUAAUAUCUGUAGGAGGUAUGGGGUAAUAUUUCAUGUGGACGCGGCUCAGUCAGCAGGAAAGCUACCCAUUAAUUUAAAAACACUAGAUGUUGAUUUGAUGUCUUUUUCCGCGCAUAAGUUGUAUGGGCCAAAGGGCGUGGGUGCAUUAUACGUGUCAAGAAACCCUAGAAUCAAUUUGCAGGAGCAGAUUAGCGGUGGCGGUCAUGAGCGUGGUAUGCGCUCAGGUACAAUUCCGACUCAUCAAGUUGUAGGUAUGGGUAUGUCCUUUGAGUUGGCUGGUGAGCGAAUGAGUCGUGAUUACGAGAAGUUUCAAGUGUUAGCCUCUUUAUUUUGGGAGGAGGUUCGACAUUUGAAGGGGGCAGUUAGGAAUGGAGGGUUUACGAAUACCUGCCCAUGGAUAUUUAACAUUUCGGUUCCAAAUGUUGAUGCGGAGGCUGUGAUGAUGAGCUUAAAAACACUAGCAAUAUCUAGCGGUUCGGCCUGCAAUAGCCAUAAAGAAUCGUCUUCACAUGUACUGCGAGCCAUGAAUGUGAGUGAUGCUUUGAUAGAGUCAUCCUUUCGUUUUAGUUUUGGUAGGUUCACGACAGAAAGUGAUGUAGCGGAAGCGGCUGAAAGAUUCGUCAGUGUGAUUAAGGAAUGGUCUUAUUGA